AUGAAAUGUAAUGCUUUUAUUGAAAAAUCAAAACCGGCGAAAGGAGGGACAUUUCAUAUUAAACUUAGAAUAAACAUGGAAGCCGAUGAUCAAGAAAUAAUGGACUUACCAAUGAUGAGUAAUCGAGACAUUUCAUUGGUCACUCAUUACAUCAUAGACUUGUCAUGUGACAUGAAGAGCAAAAGUUUUACUGGCUCAAUAACUUUGUUCAUGCAACCAGCCCCAAAGAGCACAUCUUUGCCUUCAGGGAGAAAAACACCUUAUGUGAUAUGUUCUUCAAAUUUCUCAAACCAGAAUGAGACCUCUCAAGAUGCGUGCAAUAUUCAUGUCUCACAGGUGAAACUUUUAGAACUUCCAAAUUGUGAUAAGUGCACCAAGCCAUGCUUGAAAUGUCGGACUGCAAACGUGACACAGCUUGAAAAGGAAAAGUUCUUUCGGUUUUGUUCUUCACAGCCGGGACAAAAUUUGAGAUUCUCCACAACAAAAUGGUCACUUAAUAUUUGGGAUGAACGACAGCCACCAGAAAGGUUUGAUGCAAGGCUUCCAUUUGUUGUGAGGAUUGAAUAUUCAACUCUUCCCGAGGGCAAGUCCCUGAAGUGGGUUGCUGACCAAGAUGGCAAUAUGACAGUAUUCACAAGAGGAGACUUCAUCAAUAACCGUUCACUGUUCCCGAGCCAAGAUCACCCAGAAACCCUGUCCACAUGGCAAGCUUACAUUACCGUGACGGUAUCCGAUGUUGUCUUAAUGACUGGCGAUCAAGAGGCUGUAGUAACGCAACAAGAGAACGGUUUCGUCCAGUUUUAUUAUCAGUCCAGCAUGCUUAUGCCCAGCUCCACUGUCGCAAUCGCUGUUGGUCAGUGGCAGAUCUUGACCAUUUGUGAGUCAGAAUCUCUUGUUAAUGACAAAAGGGAGAAAUGGGUCCCAGAUUUCUGUUCCAGCUCACACCAUUCCUGCAGCGUCAAUUUCAGUCAGCAUCCCAUCCUUCCUUGUAGAGUUUUUGCUCCAAAGUCUUUGCUGGCUCAAGUGGAGGCAGAGUUCCAACACUAUUUGCCGAAGUGUUUAGCUGAAAUGCAUAAUGUCUUCGGUCCGCAUCCCUUUUGUCGUUUGGACAUACUUCUCGUGCCAUCCUGCUUUGAAAGUCUGGGAAUGGCCAAUCCCUGCCUCAUUUUCUUGUCGGAAUCCAUUUUGGUUGGAAACUGCAGUUUUUGUUGCCGGUUAAGCCAUGAAAUCAGCCAUUCAUGGUUUGGAUUGGUCCUGGGACCCAAAGACUGGACAGAAGAAUGGAUGACUGAAGGAUUUGCCUCUUUUGUUGAGGACCUUGUCCAUCCAAAAGUGAUUGGGAUGAACGAGAAAGAAGCAGAAGAUUGGUUUGAACUUCGAGCCCUAAUCAAAUAUCGUGUGCUCACAGCUGAACUGAGUCACACAAAUGAUGAACUUCAGAUUAUGAGGAUAAACGAAUCGGAUGCUGUUGCAAACAAAACAGAAGAGAAUGGUUCUGUCAAGAAUGGACUGAAUCCUGACAAGAAGUGUCUGCAAGUGCAUUACCUCAAGGGUUAUUUUCUUCUACGAUUCUUUUCCCAAAAAGUCGGCCUACCACACUUCAAAAUUUUCCUCAGAAAAUAUGUCCACCAUUUCCAUGGUCAGCUGGUCUCUUCCCAGGAUUUUCUACAGUUAUUAUUUAAAGAAUUUCCCAAGUUACGGUUUCUUCUUCUUUCUACUCUCUCUUCUCUUCUUAACACCCACUCUCUAUUUCUUGUUUGCCUCCUUUUUCACUUUGAACUCUUCUUCUAA